CCCAUUGCCAGUCAAUCUGAAGCCCUUGUUGAGUGAACAAAAAAAAUUUUGAUCAUUUAAUGAUGAUCGUAUAAAAAUGAGUGUUGUGCUUGGAAUACUUUUCAAUUUUUAUCACAUGAAUGUUCUCUCAAAGUUAAAUGUGGUUAUGCAAGAAAUCAAUAAAGACUGUGGAAGCCAGUGGCCAAGAUAGACAUUCUUCAGUUGAAGUAAUGUGGUUUUCAAGUCAUCUUUCUCUAAACAAUAAACCAGUUUACCUGUAGAAAUUUUAAACAAAUAACAGUCAUACCUCACAGCACAUUCUGAAUACCUUGUUCACAUGAUUAUAUUUAAUCUUCAGUUCCUUUGUGCACCAGACUCACUGAUGAGUAAAUGAUACUUCUUGAAUGGAAUGUGUUGCUUGAUGAUAAUUGUGCUGUGAAAACGUAAUAAAUUCUUCUGCAGUGUUACUCUAAAUAUCAACCGUUAUGUCAAUAGUUACUUGAGAUAUAAGUACUAACAAAGUUGAGUUUCAAACUUAACAGUAGGAGAAUAGACAGUGAACACUAUUUGAAAACUGUGCUUGGUAAACACGUUCUCAAUUUAUAGAGUUGAAUGACUACAUAGAAAUCUUUGAAAAUUCUAAUAAUCAGAACAAAAGUAUACAUUUAUUGGGAAAUUCAACAUGAAUAACGGCGAACGACCAACUAUACCUCUCUGUGUUUCGUUACCAUUACCGCAGAAUGAGCUGCAGGAAAUAAUUGAGAAAGCAAAGGACUGGGCACUCAUGCAUGGAACUUGUAUGCGUUCAAAGGAAAACUUCAAUAGAGAUGCACUACAGUUUGCUCCAUUUUUACUUAUACCGUCAUCGUUUCCGCGUGAAGAAUUUGAGCGAGCCUGUGAAAUUCAAUUAAUUUUGAAUCAACUUAUGCACAGAGUAGCUUACAAUUAUGAAUUCCUAAAAGAAACCCUCAAAGAAACAAUAAAAGUAGACACUUUUACUCAAAAAUUGUUUGAGAUUUAUGAAACGGUUCACAACGAGGGAUUCACGCAGAAAAUAUCCCUGGGAUUGCUGAGAUCUGAUCUGAUGUUGGAUACCAGUUGUCCAGAAGAAUUUGGAUGCAAAAGUUACGGACCGUAUUGUUGCUGGAAACAAGUGGAAAUCAAUACCAUUGCAUCAGGAUUUGGUUGGCUUGGGCCAGCUGCUACAAAUUUACAUAGAUAUAUUCUUACGGAACUUAAUAAAUCUGAAAAACUAAAGAAUCUACCCGAUAAUAACGCACUGGAAGGAUUAUGUACUGGGCUUAUCGAAGCAUGGAAAAUUUAUGGCGAUCCAAAAUCUGUUAUUUUAUUCGUCAUUGAAGAUGUAACUUACAACAUUUGCGAUCAGCGUUUCCAUGAAUUCGAAAUUAGACGACUCAACCCCAAUGUAAGGGUGAUUCGAAGAACACUGACUCAACUUGCCGUAGAAGCAAGUCUGGGUCCUAACAAGGAGUUAAUCGUAGGCAAUCGUACAGUGGCAGUUGUAUACUUCAGGUGUGGCUAUGAACCUGACCAAUAUCCUACGGAAAAAGAAUGGAAUGCAAGAUUACUUAUAGAAAGAGCACUAGCAAUCAAAUGCCCAUCGAUUCAGUAUCACUUGGCUGGCGCUAAAAAGGUCCAACAAGCAUUGGCUAAACCUGGAGCUGUAGCACGAUUUCUAAAAGACGAGAGAACUGUGAAACAAGUUCGUGGAAUAUUUACUGGUCUUUACGCUUUGGAUUUUGACGAACAUGGAGACAGAGCGAUAGAGGUCGCAAUUGCAGACCCUGAGCGUUUCGUUUUAAAACCUCAGCGAGAAGGUGGAGGAAAUAAUGUCUAUGGAUUAGACGUACGAAAGGCUUUAGAGUCUAUGAAAAACAAACAAGAGAGAACAGCUUGGAUACUCAUGGACAGAAUCCACCCACCUUUGCAAAAGAAUUAUCAAAUAAGACCUGGAAGUACAACAGAUUCCGAAUUGAAGGAAGUUGUUUCGGAAUUGGGCAUAUUUGGUGUUAUCAUAGGCGAUGAAAAAAAUAUUAUAUCCAAUACACAAGUUGGUCAUAUGCUGCGAACAAAACUGGCCAGUGCAGACGAAGGUGGGGUUGCAUCUGGACUGGGAGCCUGCGAUAGCCCUUAUUUGAUUGACUGAUUCUUUGACCCACUACUAUUGUAAUUCCGGUAUUGUAAUGUCGGGUAUUUGGAUGAUUAUUUACUCUUCCAAAGAUGUGCUAAAUAAUUCUUAAAUAAUUCAUGAUGGUUUAUACUGUCCAUACUAUAGAAAAAAAUAUUUUGUAUUCCAGCAAGUCACAUGUAAUUCGCAUUUGUAUAACAUUUUUUUCUAGCAGUUACAGAAGUCUUUCCUGUUUACAGACAUGACAAUAUCUUUUCUCAGCGCUACGCAUCAUAUUUGUAACAAGUUUUUUACCUGUAGUUAUAUUUUUUAUAAUACUGGGCAUCAUGAAUAUUGGCUUGUUAUCUUGACAGAAUAAUUUAUCGAUCGAAUAUCAGAUAAGAUAUCGAUGUCAGCAAUGAAAUGAAAAUUUCAUUAUCACUAAAUCCAGUUUCUGCCAAUAUUUAAAGAAUUUCUCUUCUUGGCUGCUGGUAUAUUUUGUUAUUACGCAUUUUUACUAUCUUAAUCACAUGUUUAGGAAUGUGUAUAUUUUUUUUAUAAUAUGUAAUAAUGGGAAUAAAGUAGUAUUUGCAAUACCA